GGAAAGCUGAGGAAAACUGGACCUGGGUGAUUGAGGACAUUUAUUGUCAUACAGCAUUGUGCAAUGCUAUAUGUGCUAGGUUCUGUGGCAAGGAGGGGCUUCUGGGUAAGAUGUGCCUAGCCAUGUGGGAAUCAAGCAACACAUACCACGGACCAUUAGUUGUCCAUGGAGAUGUAGGGGUGGGCAAGACAGCAUUUCUUUGUAAGUUAGUGCAGGAGAUGCGCAACGUCUUGGACCCCGGGGCUGUUGUGGUAUUCAGGUUGAUAGGCAUGGGGCAUCCACCCAGACCAGAUGUGGAUUAUGUCCUCCAUAGCAUCUGUAUCCAGAUUUGCACAGCCUUCAGUUUGCCACAGCCAAAACCACAAAUUGCCGAUAUACAUCAGGAGCUGGUACUAUUCUUCCACUUUCUUUUAGACAAGGUUUCCCAACAAGGCAACACAUUGCUUCUCAUACUUGACUCACUGGACCAACUGUCUGAGGUCAACCAUCCUCACAAACUGUAUUGGUUACCCAAAGACAUCCCACCCCAUGUUCAUUUGGUGGUCUCCACUACAAAUCAAAAUUCCCUUGAUCUUCUCAAAAUGAAUGAGGCAAUUUUCUUUGAGGUAGAACCACUGUUAUUUACUGAAGCUGAAGAUAUCUUGGACACCUACAUGAGAGCUUUGCAACGAACCCUGACCCCAGAACAGAGAGAGGCAGUACUUUGUAGCUUUUCAAAGUGUGGCAAACCCCUGCAGCUGAUGCUGAUACUUGAGGUUGCUAAACGAUGGCCAUCUUAUAAGCCUUUGACAGAGCAAUAUCUCUAUAGUAACCCACAGGAAGUGAUGUCACAUGUGUUUCUUGGUCUGGAGGAGAGGCAUGGAAAGCAACUUGUUAGUGCUACCUUAGGAUACAUAAUUUCAGCGAGGAAUGGUUUGUCAGAGGCAGAACUUCAGGACAUCCUGUCACUUGAUGACAAUGUCCUUGAUGAGAUUUAUCAGCACUUUCUCCCACUUAACAACAAAGUCAUCCGCCUGCCUUUUCUACUAUGGGCUCGUCUCAGACAUGACCUGGGAGACCUAAUAGUGGAGAUACAGGCCCAUGGUAUGAAGAUACUCAGAUUCCAGCACAGGCAGGUAACUAAGAUGGUGCGGGAAAGGUACCUGAGUGCAGAGCUGCAACUUGAAAGACACAAGAUCUUGGCAGAGAACUUUCUGGGUCACUGGAGCCAAGGCAAACUCAAACCUCUCAUGCUGUCAUCUUCCAAGGUGCCAGUGGUUUCUGACCGAAAGGUUUCCCCGCAGCCGUUGUGGUUGGCUAAAGGAGUGGCUAACAUGAGAAAACUGCAAGAACUACCCUACCAUCUUAUUCAUGCAGGCCUCUGGGAUGAGCUGCGCCAGGAAGUCAUUGGCAGUACUGAGUGGCUGUACUGUAAAACCCUGGCCUGUGGAGUGACCAGUGUCAUUCAAGACCUGUCCCUCUGCAGUGACCUCAUGAACUGUACAGAAACCGAGCUGAUUCGAGACACACUCAUCCUGAUGAAGCCGACCUUGGACUUUCUGGAUGGAGACAUUGACCCUUCCCUUUUUUAUAUUGAGCUGAAUGCCAGGCUCCACUCGUUAAAUGAGUUGCACCCAUCGCUAAUUGGACGGCUCUGCUCCCAGUGUCAAGCCUGGCUAACAACAUGUCCAGACCCCACCCUGGCUCCACAGUGCAGUUUUUUCCAGUCUCCAGGAGGGCCACUAAAGGCAACACUUGCUGGUUUCCAAAGAGGGGUCACCGCUCUUGAUAUUUGUCUUGAGACUGGUGUAUUGGUGGCAGGCUCAGAGGAUGGGAAGAUGAUCAUCUGGGACCUGAAUGAGCUUGAAGUCAUACAAACUCUAGUCAGCCACACAGCUGCAAUUUUGUGUGUCAAAUUAAUUAAAAAAGGCGCUCAGUGUGUAUCGCUGGCUUCUGAUGGGACACUGAGGAGGUGGAGCGUGUUGAGUGGCAGGCAGAUUUUUUGUGUCAAAGAAGCUGCACCCAAUAAGCCUUUGCCUACAAUUCCACACAUACUUCUGUCUGAGGAGAAGGAACUUGUUUUUGUACAAACAAGAGACCAAAUGAAAGCAUGGCAUCUAGAUUCAGGAGAGCCUGCCUUUACUCUUAUAGAUCCAAAGUCAGUCAUUCUUGGUGUUUUGAAUGGAACAGUUGUGUCCCUAUCAGACGAAGGACUUGUCACAUUUAUUUGCCCAUCUACUGGAACAAAGAUGGUGGAAACUAAUUUAGGAUAUUCUGCACCAAGUAUAAACCUGAACUGUACCCUUACAAUGCCACAAUGUGACCGACUUCUUAUAGUAUCUAAAGACGGCUUUCUCUAUCAGGUUUCCAGCACUGGGAGACUGUCUGUCACAGAGGUUAGCGUCAAUGUCUCCUUUCUCUCCCUUGCUGAGGAUGAGAGGACACUAUUUGCAGCCCUUCAGCUCUCUAAACCUCAAAAACGUGCUGUAUUCGCUGGACUUACAGCUGCCAAGAGAAUGAUUGCAACCCAUUGGAAACCACCUCAUGACUCUCUACAGCUCGCAUAAAUGGAGCGUUAGAAAAUACUUAGGACACAUGGCUCAACACUGCUGAAUCCUUGAAAUCCAUGCUGUACACUUGUGCGAUAACCUUCUUAUGUCUAUUUGUGCAUGUGUUCAAUUGUGAUCCCUUAUCUCUUAUGUCUGUCUUUUUGUCAAUGUAUUUUGUUUUUCUGUGUGUUUGUGUAUGUCUGUUUCUGUAUGUCUUAUUUGUAAGCCCUAGCCCUCUGUGACAUGCUUGCGUGUAAAAUGGGCUAUACAAAUACAUUUGAUUUGAUUUGUAAGCUGCAAGUCAUUCUUACUGUUGUGGUUUUUAUUAUG